GGCACAAAGUAAACAGAAGACCAGAUUUAACCAACUGUUAAACCAGUAAAAAGUACUCGGCUCAAUAGAUCUAUAUAUUCAAUCAUACGACUCCAGUAACUACAAGUCUACUGUCAAGAAUUUAUUAGCAAAUUGAGGCUUCAAGAACUUUGUCACUAUAUUAUUAUUAUAUCUGAGAUAAAGCCAAAAUCCAGAUAUUGUACAUUUUGCUCCAAUACAAGAAACUAACAAAAAAAUUAAAUAUGGCUUCCGGUUCUAGAAUACAACGACUCCAGUAGUACUUCUACUGUAAAACAAAGUUCUACUUCAUAGCCAGUUACGGCAUAACUAACAUUGAUUUGUUAUAUUCAAAACGUUACUAUAUUUCUACAUUCCAAGUUGGUAUAUUUUUCAACAUGUCUCCAAAGACAAGAACACAAAGAUGGUUAGAAUUAUUUGACAUAGCUAAAGAAAAACAAGUACCUAAACCAGAUGAAUGGGUUCAUCGACAGGAAGAAAAAGAAUAUCAAACAAAGAUACGUCAAGAAGAUAAAGAAGCAGAAAAACAAAGAGAAUAUCAAACAAAAGAACAUUGUAACAUGACUUUAACAACAGACAUAAUAGGUGAAGCCAUAGCUUUAGCAGAAAAACUCAAUAUUCCUUCACAUGAACGAGAAAGAUGGUUUGAUAAUAAAUUAGCUGAGAUAGACAGAGAAGAUGACAAAAGACGGCAAGAAGAACUAAAACGAGAAUUAUUAAAAUUGAAAAAUACCGAAUUCAAAGCUGAACAAAAGAAUGAUGCAACAUUAACAAGAAUAUACCAGAAAGCUCAAUUAAGAGAGCGUACAGCAUAUCUCGAAGAUGGAUUUCUCAAGAAGUAUAUUUUCCGCAAGUACAAUGUAAUUGAACAAAUAUAUGUACCACAGAAGUACAGACAACAAAUAAUUAAAGCCAAGCAUGAGUUUUAUGACACCAUACAUAUGAGUGUAACAAGUACUAAGAAGAGAAUUGCCAAAGAAUAUUAUUGGCCUAGCUUGACCAAAGAUGUCAAGAAAUACAUUAAUAAUUGUUCACAUUGUCAACAUGAUUAUUGUGAGAAGAAACAAACUCAAAAGAAAAGCAACAUAACUAAAACAAAGAAUGAACCAGACUACAAAGCCAGAAUUGACAACAAUGAAUCUAUGCAUCAUGACUCAAGUAAAUCUACAGGGACAUCACUGCCUACUACAUGUCCAUCACUAACUGUUACUACAUGUCCAUCCCUACCUGACAAUACAAGCCCAUCCCUACCAAGUACUUUCCCAUCCCUAACCACUGAUGAUGACUUCAUACAUCAAGACUUGAAUAAGACUGCAUCUGCAUCAAAUACUAUGAUAUGCAUUGAACAUUUUUGCUACAAUCAAGACAAGUCUCAUGAACCAGAAGCAGAUACUUAUAUUCAAUCAACUUUGGCUAUACCAGACAAAAGAAAAACUAUGCAACUUGACUCUAACACUCAUACAAGUAUUCCUCAUUUGAAAGAAUGUGAGUCAACUCAAGAAGCCAUUACAACCAUGAACAUUGGAAGUCAAAGAAUAUUACAUGAACACAUGAAAUCAAGAUAUUUUGCUCAAGGAGAUCAAGUCAAUUUACUGUUACCAGAUUGGAGUAACAAGCUAUUCUACAAAUGGCAACGUCCAUUUACCAUCACCAGAAAGAUUUCCAACCUGCUUUAUGAAAUCAAUGUCAACAAGGUUACCAGAGUAUUUCAUGUUCAUAUGUUUGAACAUUACCAUGAAACAGAUAAUGAAGACAUCAAAGCAGAAGUUGAUAAUUUUACAAGCUUAGCAACUAUUCCUGAGGAAGAAGAAGAAACAUCAUCAACACCCAUUCCUGAGAUAGAUGUUUCAUUACCAGCAUCAAAUCAAAUUGACAUUCCAAAGGUCAUCACUAUGGAUGACAUAGCAUUACAGAAAGUGAAGGACACUAAAGUGUUUACAGACCAUGCAGAUUUCUUUACCAGUGUUUCUGAAACAUUUUCAGUCCUGCAAUUUGAAAGCAACUCAGAGAGCAACAACAUUGACAACACCAAGUUUCAUCCUCCAUCCACUCAAAGGGCAACUUUUCUUCAGAAAGGAACAAAUGAACUUCUUCAACAUUGCUGUAUUGACCGAUUGAACUCAGACAUGUUCAGUCAUUGCUCUAUUGAACAUUCUAAUGCAAAGCAUUCUGCUACCAUUGUUCUACAGCGUCAAAGUUCAUCAACCAGAAAAUUGAGUUUUGGUUUCGGACAGUUCUUAUUUUCACCAAACUCAAACGCGGUUCAAUCAGACAUUAUCUGUGAGAUCAAUAUGACAUGGAGACAACAGCCUCAUAAACUGAAAGACCUUUUCUUCAAGUUUAGAAAACGCACAUGCACAUCCAUGUCGGCAAUUCAGAAGGGUUCCGAACUUUACAUUUCUACUCUACAUAUGUACUAUAGCAUAUUUAGUGUCACUUGAUUCAUUAUCAUUCAUACUCGUCAAGGAAGAACAAUAUCCAGUUAUACUUCAUCAAUUAAUUAAUCUGUUUUCUCAUUA